CUUAAUCAUAACCCUUCAAAAACUCUAAUCAUACCACUUCAGGUCCUGGCUCACGCUGUGGGUAGAGCACUUUACAAUGUGUUAUUUCACCCGCUUCGGUCCUUUCCUGGGCCAAUUCUGCACGGUAUGUCCCGCAUUCCAUACUGCUGGAAGCUGUUACGAGGUACCAUGCCAUAUGAUGUGCUUUAUCUCCACGAGAAGUACGGCGAUGUGGUACGCAUUGGGCCAGACGAACUAGCUUUCUCCAACGCCACCGCCUGGAGAGAUAUUAUGGGCCAUCGUCCAGGUGUCGAAGAAUUUGCGAAAUCUCAAAAUUUCUAUCGGCCUGUGAAAGGAUCGCCGGUGAACAUUGUCAAUGCCGAGCGCGAGGAACACAGUAUCCUGAGGCGUCAGCUUGCACAUGGCUUUUCUGAAAAGUCGAUGCGAGAACAGGAACCCCUGAUUCAGCUGUAUAUUGACCUGUUCAUCCAGCGGCUUCAUGAGAACUGUGCCGCAGGGAAAAAAGCGGUUGAUCUUACUGCGUGGUACAAUUGGACAACCUUUGAUAUCAUUGGGGAUCUCGCCUUCGGGGAGCCCUUUGGUUGUCUUCAGAAUUCAGAGUAUCAUCCCUAUGUCCACCUGAUAUUUGAAUCGGCUCGCGGGGGGACGAUAUGGCAAACCAUGAGAUUCUAUCCACUACUCAACAAGCUGUUUUGGGCGGUGGUCCCGAGAUCUGCGCUAUCCCGGUUUAUACGACAAACGAAAUUGUCCAUGGCAAAACUGCAGAGACGGAUGGAACCUGGUAAUGAGAGAUCUGAUCUAAUUGAGGGACUACUUAGCAAAAGGAAAGAAAUGAAUCUCAGUCUCGAAAAUCUCCAGUCCAAUGGCAACAUUUUGAUCAUCGGGGGCUCUGAGACAACUGCCACCCUCCUUGCCGGGGUGACUUACCUUCUCCUGUCGAAUCCUGUAGCCCUUCAGAGACUUACUGUGGAGGUUCGGUCCGCAUUCCAGAGUGAACAAGAAAUCACCAUGACCUCGGUCAAUCAAUUGACCUACAUGCUAGCCUGCUUAAAUGAAGCUUUACGAGUCUAUCCACCUGUGCCGGCUGGGUUACCUCGGGUCACACCUGCAGGUGGUCGUACUAUUCUCGGACGGUUUGUGCCUCAACGUACAAUUGUUGCACUGCAUCACUGGGCAUUGUAUCAUAAUGAAAAGCAUUUCACAGACCCAAGUCUCUAUCGUCCAGAACGCUUCUUAGGGGACCCCCGGUAUAAAGAUGACAAUUUUGAAAUCCUUCAACCAUUCAAUGUCGGACCUCGAAACUGCCUGGGAAGAAAUCUGGCAUAUGCCGAAAUGCGGAUGAUUCUGGCGCGAGUGAUAUUCAAUUUCGAUAUGAAAAUCGCAGAGGAUAGCAAGGGAUGGAUGGAGAGGCAAUAUAUUUAUCUGUUCUGGCAGAAAGGCCCACUCCAUGUGCACCUUACACCAGUCAAUACAGACAGGUCCGUGGUAUAUCAAUAG